CUCGCUCCCACGCACAUAGAGCUCAUAUCAUCACUACUAGACGGAAUCAGCAGCAGCACCAAGAGCAAAGAGCCAGACCAGUUCUGUGAACUCAAGCCUUCUCCUUCUUCUGAAUUCAUGGAGGCUCCACCACCUUCUCUCAUCUCCGUCACAGCCUCCAUGGACGACGACGCUAGCUACGGCGUCGACCUGUCGCUGUCGCUCGCCUACAUGCCACCAUUGUCAUCGUCGCCGCCGUCUGCUACUGCUGCUACUGCUUCAGGUGGUAGCAAUGGCAAUGGCAAUGGUGGCGGUGUUAGGUUGUUCCCUUGCCUGUUCUGCAACAAGAAGUUUCUCAAGUCGCAGGCGCUAGGGGGACACCAGAACGCACACAAGAAGGAGCGAAACGUCGGCUGGAACGCCCACCUCUACACCACUCCCAUCAACCCUGCUGCCGAUGCUCCUAUGCCCAACCACCAGAUGUACCCCAUCCAGGUCUCCCACUCCUGCCACCACCAAGAGUACCCCCAGGUCGUCGGCAACGACGGUGGAGGCUGGUGGCGCGACGGGGACGGCGGCGAGAACCAGCAGCCGCUGAGGAAGGUGGACCUUAACCUCAAGCUCUAGCUAUCUAGUAGCUCUGUCUUAGUUUCUUUGUUAUUUUCUUCUUCUUUUUCUUCUUCUUUUUCUUCUUCUUUCCUUUUAACUUGUGUACUGCUUGAUUAAUUAAUGAGCCUUCUGCCGAACUGCCGAUCGUGUAGCUGCUGUAAACUUCUUCAAAAAAUGGGACUCGUCGAUCUGUGUUUUCCGUCA